AUGGUAAAGAAAGAAGAAACAACGAGUACUACUACAUCAUCAUCCGCCAAUAAUGAUCCGAAUACUCUUUUUAACUGCGACGAAGAAACAUUGCGGGACAAGUUACAUCAAUAUAAAGUUGUGGAUUUAAAAGAACAAUUAAAAAAGAUGGGACUGGGAAAGGGUAUUUCGGGACUUAGGAAAGAAGAAUUAAUUGGGAAGAUUGUGAAUAAUCGUUUUUUAUUACCCUCGCUACCACCAAACCACGACACUACAACAUCGACUACUCCUUCACAAUUAGUGAAGAGAAAACAUGAACAGGAUGAAGAAGACGUGAAAACUCCUAUCAAGGCAUCGUCUUCACAAGCUGGUACUCUUUUUGCAUCACCAUCAUCUCUCAUUAAUUCACCAUUUGCAUCUUUGAAUGUUUCAACUCCGAGUAGCAGCACUGGUAUGGUGUCAUCUUCGACAUCAGCCACACAAGAAAGCGUCACAUCUCCAAAAAAGAAGGUAAAACUUACGGAAGAAAAACGAAAGGCAAGAUUUGUCUCCAAGCCAAGCAUUGCAACAAAAGAAAGAAUUGCAAGAGCCUUGACACAAAGACUGUAUUUAAUUGAGAGAAAAAAUAGAGUUGAUAACCUUGAGGAAGAGUUUGUGGUAUUGGGAUCCACCGGAAACGUCUACAAUGUCAAUAUUUGUGAAGUGCCCAGUUGCUCUUGUCCGGAUUUCGAAAAGGGCAAUCUCUGUAAGCAUAUCCUGUUUGUAUUUUUAAGAGUUCUUCGUGUGAAUCAGAACUCACAUUGCGUUUAUCAAAAAGCCCUUCUUCAUUCAGAGCUGGAGUCCAUAUUCAAAGAUGCUCCUCCAAUCCCUACUUCUGUUCAAGCCAGUGAACGCGUUGUCAAAGAAUACAAACAUUUAACAGGCGAAGCUGAAGGUGAAAGUGUGCAAGAAUCUACAACAACGAAACAAAAACCUCUUCAUGAUGCACAUUGUCCAAUUUGUUAUGAAGCAUUCAGUGGAUCUGAGAAAACCGACUUUUGCAAAGUGUGUGGAAAUAACAUUCACGAAGAUUGUAUCAAAAUGUGGAAGGGAUUCAAUCCUUCAUUUCCAUGUCCAGUGUGUCGAGCUCCACAGCUUGGAAAGGCAUCUGCAAAUAAGAAAGUUGUGGAAAAUGAAGGAUAUGCGAAUCUUGCUGAUUUCCAAUCAGGAAUGACCAGAGAACGAGAAUAUUAUCAUUCAUCGAGAUGGUAUUCAAGAAGAAGAUAUUAUGACGAUGACGAUGAUGAUUAUGACGAAGAUGAUGAUUAUUAUGGAUCUACUUUUGAAUAA